CAUUUCAUGCCCUGAAGGGGUGGAGGAGACCCUGCUGUCAGCCAAAAUUGUAGCCAACAGGUGACCCGGGGGGGCAGUCUCUGACAUGUGCACUGAUUGUCGCCUUCUCUUGCAGUGGUUGAUCUCACAACAAAUUCCGCAGUUUGAAGAUGUUAAAUUUGAAGCCGCAAGCCUUCUGUCUGAACUGUACUGUCAAGAGAAUUCAGUUGAUGCAGCAAAGCCUUUGUUGCGGAAAGCCAUCCAGAUUUCACAGCAAACUCCAUACUGGCACUGUAGACUCCUUUUUCAGCUUGCACAACUACAUACACUUGAAAAAGAUUUGGUAUCUGCAUGUGACCUUCUAGGAGUUGGAGCAGAAUAUGCUCGGGUAGUAGGAUCAGAAUAUACCAGGGCACUGUUUCUGCUAAGUAAAGGGAUGCUUCUUCUAAUGGAACGGAAACUGCAGGAAGUGCACCCACUCCUUACUCUGUGUGGACAGAUAGUUGAAAACUGGCAAGGGAACCCUAUCCAGAAGGAAUCAUUGCGUGUGUUCUUCUUGGUGCUGCAGGUGACUCAUUACCUGGAUGCUGGGCAGGUAAAAAGUGUGAAGCCAUGUCUGAAGCAGCUCCAGCAGUGCAUUCAGACCAUCUCGACUCUUCAUGACGAUGAGAUUCUACCCAGCAAUCCAGCAGAUCUCUUUCACUGGCUGCCGAAGGAGCAUAUGUGUGUGCUAGUCUACCUGGUGACAGUGAUGCAUUCCAUGCAAGCAGGGUAUCUGGAGAAGGCACAGAAGUACACAGACAAAGCACUCAUGCAGCUAGAAAAGCUAAAAAUGUUGGACUGCAGUCCUAUUUUGUCAUCUUUCCAAGUUAUUUUGUUGGAACAUAUUAUCAUGUGUCGGCUUGUAACAGGCCACAAAGCGACAGCACUGCAGGAGAUCUCACAAGUCUGUCAACUCUGCCAACAGUCUCCCAGACUGUUUUCUAAUCAUGCUGCACAACUACAUACUCUCCUAGGGCUUUACUGCAUUUCUGUUAAUUGCAUGGACAAUGCAGAAGCACAGUUUACUACAGCAUUGAGGCUUACCACACAUCAGGAAUUGUGGGCAUUUAUUGUGACAAACCUGGCCAGCGUGUACAUCAGGGAAGGCAACAGGCAUCAAGAGCUUUACAGUUUAUUGGAAAGGAUAAAUCCAGACCACAACUUUCCUGUUAGUUCUCACUGUCUCCGAGCAGCUGCGUUCUACAUCCGAGGACUUUUCUCUUUCUUCCAAGGAAGAUACAAUGAAGCAAAACGAUUUUUGCGAGAGACACUGAAAAUGUCAAAUGCAGAAGACUUGAACCGAUUAACAGCAUGUUCUCUUGUGCUCCUGGGUCAUAUAUUCUAUGUAUUAGGGAAUCACAGGGAAAGUAAUAACAUGGUGGUACCAGCCAUGCAACUUGCUAGCAAGAUCCCAGAUAUGUCUGUGCAACUGUGGUCUUCAGCUCUGCUGCGAGAUCUGAACAAAGCCUGUGGGAACGCAAUGGAUGCUCAUGAGGCUGCACAGAUGCAUCAGAACUUUUCACAACAGCUUCUUCAGGACCAUAUUGAAGCAUGCAGUCUUCCAGAACACAAUCUAAUCACGUGGACAGAUGGACCACCUCCUGUACAGUUCCAGGCUCAAAAUGGACCCACCACCAGCCUGGCCAGUCUCCUGUGAAUGAGAGAAACUAUCAGGACAAUGCUUGAAAAUGUAGCCAAAAAAAGAGGAGGAAAAAAGUGUUUUCCAAAAACUGUUCUGCAAAGAAAACAAAGGAAGUUUCUCUUCUAGCAAGGGUCUUGUAGGAAAUGGAUUGAUAAUCACGUAAUGUACAUUUCAUAGACUUACAAAGUGAGAAGGGCAUUUUAAGCUGCUUUUACACACCCUAUGUGAACAUACAGCUAGUUUGUGUGUAUACACAUACUCUGGUUUUAAGUUGUUUUCCUCUUGUCCAGAAUUAAGUUUUAGACAGAGGAACACUUGUUCCUUAAAUUGGUUAGAAGUUUGUUUUUAAAAAAGACAAUAAUGGAAAAUGGAGCGAUUGGAACAGUGAUCAUAAUCUAAAUAUUUAAACCCUACCUGAAAUGAUGCAUGCCUGCUUUUGCUUUCUGUGCUCUCCACUUCCUGGGAGUAAUUGGAUAGAAUCAUUACUAGCCAUAGGAUACAGCAUGCUUCAAAAUUUGGUUCUUGAGGUAGCACUCCUUCUUCUGUAUCAAGGCUUUGAGUGUGCCAGAAGUAUUGGAAUCCCAUCACAAAGGUAAACAUUACGUUAUUUCUAAUUAGACUUGAGUUCUAUAGGCUGGGUAGUAGUAUUCUGGCCCUGCCCUGCAUUGGGAGUGAUGUAGAGCUCUACUGUGUUGUAGGAAGCAGAAAGAGGCAUUCCACUUCCCAGGUGUACAUAGGAUAGGCUAUGUGCCUGCUACUUUGCCAGUUGUGUGUUGCUGGCUAAUUCACUGGAUGGAACACAGUCUUGGAACCCAACUCCGUUGCCUUUGGUUUGCUGUGUACCCACAGGGCAAUUGAGAGGGAAAAGUCUCUUGAGUGUUCUACUUGACCCUUACACAGGCUGCCCAAGUGCGAGAGGGGAAGCAAAACAAAGUGUGUGGUUUAGGGUAAACGGUCCCCAAAUCUGACACGAAUAGAAGAGACAACAUCUGUAACAUCUUACGUUUCUAAACUAUUUUCCAUCUGCCAAGUAAUUUUUCUGUUUCGGUACCUCAGUUUUUGGAGUCAUGCUGUCGAGUUGCCUGCAUAGGAGAGAUGUGGUCACAACCUGAUCUGCAGAGUAGUUUGGGAACUGACAAUUCUGUGGAACAGUGUCAACGUUUUGAAGCUGGGAUUCCAAUAUGCUGAGUGCAGAAUGGUGUAAAGGAGGUCAUGCUCACAGGGUUAAAUUAUUUCUCUCUCUUGGUAGCUCUGCAUAGUUCAUAAGAAAAUACUCGUCCAGCUUUCUAAACAGAGGAGUACUGCAACUAUUUCAAUGUCUAAGAAAUGCCAAUCUUGCAUUUGGGGCAGCAUUCUGACCUUAAAGUUGUUUAGCCUAGCAGGAGUGUGUUUGAAACACAUAUUUUGGGGUGGUUCUUCCCCUCUUCUACAAUCUGGCAUCUGCCUCACAGCACAUUACUUGCCUUCUAGAAAUCAAAGUCUGCAUCUUGACCUUUGAGUGACUUUUUUUUUAAUGGGACAAAAACCUGUUUUGUCCAGGUAACUGUGACAUUUUGUGCUCCCUCUGCUUAUUGUACUGCAGCUAUUUAACCACUGCUCUUAGCUAUGGUAAUACAAAAGCCAUUGUAAUUUUAGGCUUUGUUAGGUUAAACAGUAAGGGAAAGAUGGUUGUCUCCAAAACUGGUAGGGGGAGAGACUUCAAUUUCAGGCCUAUAUAGCAGUACUUGAUGCAGCAUAAAUUUAGGGGUUUUUUCCCCAGAACUCAAUGAUAACAGCAUCUUUUGUGAGCUAGCAAGGUUUUAUGGGUACUUUCAUGCAAAUAAGCAUCUCUGGCUUCUCCUAGCUUUGUGAUUGUGUUGAUUUAAAAGAGUAGAUACUCUCUCAUCUGGAUUUUUGGCCCAGACUGGAAUUCUAUUCUUGUACUUAAGAAGGGUUAUACCAGUUGACCAUGGGACAUGCUACUUUCUGUAUACUUUUGAGUUCCUUUGAAUUGUAUCAUUAAUACUUAUGCAUUUGCAUUGUCACACAUUGACAGCUCUGGGGACAAAAAUCUCUUCUGCCCAUAAGACAUGUUUGGCAGCAGCACUGCAAGCUUACACCUCCGGAUGGAUUCUGUCCUGUCACUGGCCUCAGAUGGGACUGCCAGCAAAGAUGUUAAAUAUGGGUAUCUGCCACUAGGAAGGGUACUGGCACAAUAGACUGUGUUCCGUGACUGGACAGAAACACAUUUCAGCGUGUGGUAGCUGAGUGUGGCGGGCCCACUGUAUUUUUGGGCUAUGUCCCCUUUCACACACUCCCCUGAUCUGAAGCCGUGAGACCGACCGCAGUCAUUUUGUCUGCAUUUCAGCCAGUAAUGUUCAGGAGAAUGGUGCCAUAUUUCAUGUGCCAUCCACACCUGUGUUCAAGCCCACAACCUUUACUCUGGGGUAUGAAGCAAUUAGUCUGUCCUACAUCUAUGACCAUAUCUCUCAAUGUGCUGAAGUGACGCCACCUCCCAUUGAAACACCCACGGAAAGGGGACACAUUUUCAGUGGUGCUCAGCACCUCAUCACAACCUCCUGGUUCUCAUCUGGUCUUAAAAAUGUGCCCCCAGUUGUGGGUGCUGGUCACUUGAAAAUCCUGUGGAGGAGUCUUGGUUUAGAAGAGUUUGCAUUUUGUAAAACUUUGUAGUAUACUGAAGACUAGGGAUGGUUCACAUGAAGCGUCUGUAGACAAGCGAGGUGUGUUCAUGUGAGAGUUGCCUCCUGUGACAUACUGCCUUCAAGCAUUCAGAGGGCUCCUGUGCCCCACGGUCUUGAAAGAGGUUUUUAAGCCUAAGGGUUAUAAAGAGGCUGAGUAUCCUCUUCAGAGUUCUUCCGUUUGCAGUGGUGACUUUUAAGCUUGGUGCACAUGGAUUGCUUUGUUCUAGCUGUAGAAAUGAUAGGAAGCUAGUUAUAAAGUUAUAGAAAAACAUGGGAAUUCCACCUAUUACCUAACUAGUUAACACUUGCUUCUGUAUAGGGUGGUGGUACAUUUUCAGUCUUCACUGGAUAGAAAGGCGUGCUUGUUUUACCUGUUGAUAAUUGUUUGAAUUCAAACUCCCUUCCCUUUCUCCUGAAUUCUUCCCAUGAGCAGAAUUUCACAACUGUACAUUUGAAUUAACCCAGUAACUUUGUAUCUCUGAAAAUCAAUGUACAUUUGCUAUAAUGUACAAUGCUUUUUGACUAUACUUGUGUAUUAAAUUAUUUAAUAAUUAUAUUUGCUUCUCAAUACAUUUUGUAUGUAGCACAGAUUAAAAUAAGGGCCUUAUAACUUAACUUCUUAUUAAUUUUAAAAUGCACAGUGUCUUAGGUAAUCUGUAUGUCAACAUGAACAGAAAACUAGAAAUUUACAACUUUGAAAUUUUUGAUUAAAUGUUUGAUCUGACUUUAAAUUGAUCAACACUGCAUAUUUUUAGUCUUCAGACAUGGUGUCCCUUCAUUCCCUAUAUAUGACAUGUUACACAGUCGUUUUAUGAACUUCUAAAAAAAUUCUUCUAAAGAUGUAAUUACAAAAACUGUACAGUUUCUUUAGCAUUUUUAAGUGAGCAGUAAAACUUAUACAGAAGCAUUUAAUCAUUGUAAUGUAGAUAAUGUAAAAUCAUUAAUAUGUAUAGACAACGCAGCGUGAAACAGUGUUUGUCUAUGACAUUUCAUUUCCUUCAGUACUGGCCUCAGGUUUCAGCUAAUAAAUUGCAUACUUGGGAAAGACCAUUUAAAUUAGCUCAAUUUCUCAAAAAAGCAGAUAUGAACUUUAAUCCCCCUGCCUGCACACAAGCAGAAACGUAUGAUGGUACAAUAGUAUUACACUCUUGAGGAGUAAUGUUAACUAUAGAUAUAUGCCAUUCAGCACUCAGUUUCACUUCUUUGAUUUCAAUCAAUUUUUCAUUUUACCUAGAGUGGAUAAUUAAUCUUUUUAUGACACAUUCUAAUUAGUAUACCAUUUUGCUUUAAUGUACAGGGUGCUGACAAAACUGCACAAUAAAUGAUCCUAUUUUGCAUUUAUAA